UAAUAUGUUGCCGAAUAAUUAUCAUAAUUACCUGUAAAAUUUACCCACACCUAUAUACUUGCAAGCUAAAUAAAAUUUAUAUUAAAACAAUUAAGAAUAGUAAUGACCACUAUUUUUGUCAGGUUUACUUCAAAUUGAAAUUCAAACUUAAUCAUACUAUCAACCGAAAUUGUCGCAAGUGAUUGCCUUUAUGCAGAUACAUACAACGCAUACAACUAUAUACUAAAAACUCGUCUUGUACGUAACCAUCUGGUUACUUUGACGAAGUACUGGAGGAUUACGUUGUCCUGCAUACAAUUCUAAAAUGUCAGAAAAAAGCCACUUAAAAAAAUCAAAUGAGAGAUUUCUGUGUUUAUGGUUAAAAAAAAGUAGUUUCAUUUUCUCUCCUGUGUUCACUCCUUUCCAUUUGAUCUCUGAGCGUAAGAUCAGCUCAGAGAUCUCCUCUUGAUGAAUUUCUCUUACAUAUGCUCCUCACACAUAUGGCUGGAAAAACAUGGAUUGUCAAGUGGGAGCAAAAAAGAACACCAUCGAGGGAGCAAAAAGCGUUCAGAAGUCAUCUACAUCUUCAUCAGCUCACUGUUCAAAUCUCAAAGGCUCUCUGAAUCUUGAGCAGAUCGGACGUGUUUCUCAUGCCAUAUCCCGAGAGACUCAUUUAAGCGGGAAAUGUGAACAGUGAUCGGGAUCUAGAAUUUGUCUUGUUUUAUUGUUCAAUUGAGAUCUGUGAUUCUGUCGUGUUGGUUUUUAAUAAGUGAACUUGAGAGGAUGUUUUUGGACAUUUUAAGAGAGAAGGAUCAGAUUGUGAAGGAUCUUCCGUCUUUUGAUAUGGAUUCCGGAUGGAAUAUUCCAAGCACACAAAUCACAGUCUUAACUCCCACUUCACCUAGGAAUCAAUCCACAUUCUUCAUUCCACCUCCAUUCCAACCCUUCUCCACAUCAACAUCACCUUUGCAAAACUGCAAAAUCUCACCUGUGGUCAGUGAAUUUGUUCCCGAACCCACCACCUUGACAACCGAUUUUGUUUCAUUGGCUGAUACCCCAUGUUCCAUAAUCAACUCGGCUGAUCUUCUGAAGAAAUCUAACUUUGUAGGAAAUUGCACCAAAAAUGACAUGAUCUUCAAAUUUGAACCUGAGGACAUUGCUAAAUACAAUCAGAGUCUCAGCUCAGAAGCUGAAGCAAUAUCUCCUAGAAAUGAUUUUGACUACUACAACUACGAUGAGAUCAACUGCCAGUCUAAGAAUCAGUCUCCUUGUUCAUCUCCAAUUAUUGAUCCAUGGAUUGGUUUUGGUGAUGUAGGAAUCGAUCGUUUGCCGCCAAUCGAGACCAUAGUCAAAAACCAAUAUCGCCAGGAUCCACCAAUGUCUCUCCGCAUCGAUGACUAUUUCGACACUACCUUCUUGGAUCAAUAUCCCUCACCUCAACAAACAGAUUCCUACAGCUAUCCUGCUGAGAAUUUCAACACAAUCUCAGAUCCGGAAAAGCUUAAAAGGACGUAUAAGGACAUAUGGAAUGAGGUUCAGAAAGAAGCUCCCAAGGAAAUGCUGCUGAAGGAUAUUGACCUUGAAGAAAAAUGUCAGGAGAAUGAGAUACUUGAGUGUCGCUGGAUUGACUGCAAUCAGCAAUUUGCGGAUCAAUGUACACUGGUGUCUCACAUUGAAAAGCGGCACGUGGAACUACGACGUGGUGAAGAGUUUUCUUGCUUUUGGAUAGGAUGUCCCAGGCGUUUCAAGCCCUUUAAUGCACGCUACAAACUGCUCAUUCACAUGCGCGUCCACAGUGGCGAAAAACCAAAUAAGUGUCCGUUCUCUGGGUGUAAUAAGGCAUUCUCGCGACUGGAAAACUUAAAAAUUCACCAGAGAUCACACACCGGAGAGAAACCCUACAACUGCCAGUUUCAGGGAUGCCACAAAGCAUUCAGCAAUAGUUCCGAUAGGGCAAAACAUCAAAGAACCCACUAUGAUACGAAACCGUAUGCUUGCCAAUUGGAGGGAUGCAGCAAACGCUACACUGAUCCCUCCAGUCUCCGAAAGCAUGUAAAAAAUCAUUCGCUGCGUGAUUAUGUUCCAAUGAAACGAAAAUCUCAGAAAGGUUCUGUAAAACCUGCCACAAAAACACGGAGAAGACACUCAGAAUCUUCUCUGUAUGUCGUGGAGCCAGAAACUUCCUCCGCCCUUACUGUCCAGGAUGAUAACUUUGUUUUUGAGGAUGUCUUCAAUGAUAUAAUAGAGGAAAAAGAAGUGCCAUCAACGAUGAAUUUCAAUGAACUCUCAAGCUGCAUUUCAAAAAUUCAGACUGAAAAUGAUGCCAGAUCUCAAGAUGUUGUGAAAAUUUUGGAGGAUGUGGCCUACGAUGAGGAAUUUAUAUCAUUUGAGUAUGUCCAAAAACUUCUUGGUGAUCCAAUUAAUUACGAUCUGCCGAAUCAAGGAAAUUCUUCAAUAGCUUUAGACUAUUUUACUGAAAUAAUAUAAAAAAUCUUAUAUUAAGAUCCGUUCUAUCGUUAAAAUAAGGAACUACUUGGGGCCAGCAUUUGGGGGCUCUAGAGUCUAGAAACCUCAAUUGUGCAAUUAUUCCAAAGAAAAAAUUGCAACUAUUAACAAACAUUUUAGUAAUUUAAGAACAAAAAUUAAAAGACAAUUUUAAGUGAUAGAAAAUCUGUUGUAUCAUUAUAGUUUAGUGCCUAAUUUGCAUGUUGUUGUUUAAUGUAGAUGAUAGAGAGAGAAUAAAAUACAUAAAAUUCCAAA